AUUAUCAUCUCGAUUGUCGCGCAAGUGAAUUAUCGCGAAUCCGGCAUUUAUUAUUCCUCUCAGUUUAGAUAGCCAAAUUAUCAAACGCCUUUGCGUUGCGCCUCACCUGAUACUUUCCUAUUAACCAGCCGCAGCUCAUCGGCUGGUUUUCACGAUGGAGAUAGACCCGGCGAAUCAUUAUUCGCUGCGGAUACCAAAACCCAACUACCUACCUCACAAAGUCAAUGUCGAUGAGCCAGUGGUUAAGAAGUUUUACAAGCCUUUAGAUCGCCCAAGCGAGUUGGAAAAUGCUGCCUAUCUUAACAAGAUUAAACGAUUUGCCCAUGAAUACGGCAUUACGAAGCCUAAGGGCUACACCGUCUCAUUUCACUAUAACCCUGAAAUGGAAAGGCACCACUUCGGCCAGACGCAUCCCAUGAAACCGUGGCGCUUAACUCUUACCAAGAGUCUGGUAUCAUCAUACGGCAUGAGUUUCGCGAUGGACAACUACACCGCGCGCGCGGCCACAUACGAAGAGCUCACGGCUUUUCACACAGACGACUAUGUCAAUUUUCUUGCCAUGGUUGAGCCUCAGCCACUCCCACUUGACGUUGAUAACUCUAGUCCAGAUCUCAAGUUCAAUUUGGGAGGUAGCGACUGUCCACUAUUUGAGGGAUUAUACGACUAUUGUUCAAUGUCUGCUGGUGGUUCCCUAGAUGCCGCGAGGAAAUUAUGUGCGGGACAAUCCGACAUCGCCAUAUCCUGGGGCGGUGGACUACACCACGCCAAAAAAUCGGAGGCUUCAGGAUUCUGUUAUAUCAAUGAUAUUGUCCUUGGUAUACUACAGCUGUUACGCGUCCACCCCCGAGUUCUUUAUAUCGAUAUCGACGUACACCACGGCGACGGCGUAGAGGAGGCAUUCUUCUCUACUGAUCGUGUCAUGACAGUCUCCUUCCACAAGUACGAUCCCAUGGUCUUUUUCCCCGGUACUGGCGGCCUAGAUGACAACGGCCCUAAAAGCGAGCAUAAUCCGGGAGCGCAUCACGCCAUCAAUGUGCCCCUAAAUGACGGGAUCACCGACGAGCAAUACGAGUGGCUUUUCAAGAGCAUUAUCUCAAAAUGUAUCGAAAAAUUUAGGCCUGGCGCAAUUGCUCUGCAGUGCGGCGCGGAUUCUCUAGCAGGAGACAGAUUAGGUAAAUUCAAUCUGCUCGUUCAGGGUCACGCGUCAUGUGUGGAGUACUGCAAAAGCCUCAAUAUCCCCUUGCUCAUGUUUGGUGGGGGCGGUUACACGCCACGGAACGUCGCUCGCGCCUGGGCGUACGAGACGGCCGUCGCUAUCGGACACAAGGAGACUAUACCUACGGAGAUCCCCUUCCACACUCCUUGGCGCGAGCGGUUCCGCCAAGACACGCUUUUGCCCACCCUACAACAGAUCUUGGGUGAGCCGCGCCAGAACAAGAAUACUAAGAAGAAGCUGGAUGAUAUUAUAGAGCACGUCAGCGAGCAGCUGCGAUUCGUCGAGUCCGCGCCCAGCGUGCAAUUCUCUACUAUACCACCUGACCUCGGGCCUAUUAGGGACGAGGUGGAGCAGCGGAUUAAGGAGGAGGUCCAGGAGAAGGAUGAAUUAGGGCGAAAGCUUCGGGAAGAGGGCGUUGGAGAUCGCAUGGAAUUUUAGUUGCUAACAACAGCAAACUAUCUGACGACGAGCUUAACUGAUAGGAUCAUGUGAAUAAUGCAAGCGCUUCGAUUCUAGCAUAAAAGAGGCCUCACGCUAGGGAGCAUUCGACAUAUCCUGUCCAGGUAUUCGGUACGAGCCUCAUCGUCAACGGUAAUACCUCCCUCAUAUUUAGAUAUAACAAGUAACGAAACUUGGAUCAUGGCAUUGGUUUCACGCUGCCUCUAUCGUCUGUUCGAUCUCGUGACACCUUCAUUUCAUCAUGGAAAUUUUAUAACCGCCCGGAACGCGCUCCUGGAAUACUCCGAUCGGAUCGUAUUUCGCUGACGCUUCUUUCAUCUUUUUAACGUUUUCCUCACCGUAAUUGCC